CCCAUCUCCCCCCUCAAAACAUACCGCCUGCAUAUCAGCCUCAUCUGUAAAACCAACUUGCACCAGCAAACACCCUAAUAUACCAACCACUACUCUUUUAUAAACCCUCAUUUCAAUAUGACUGGACGCGGCAAAGGUGGCAAGGGCCUUGGAAAGGGCGGCGCCAAGCGUCAUCGCAAGAUUCUUCGUGACAACAUCCAGGGUAUUACCAAGCCCGCUAUCCGACGUCUCGCCCGUCGUGGUGGUGUCAAGCGUAUCUCAGCCAUGAUCUACGAGGAGACCCGAAGUGUCCUGAAGUCCUUCCUUGAGGGUGUCAUCCGUGACGCCGUCACUUACACCGAGCACGCCAAGCGCAAGACCGUCACGUCUCUGGACGUCGUCUACGCCCUGAAGCGACAGGGCCGCACCCUGUACGGUUUCGGUGGUUAAGCUUUUUUCGAGUCUUGGUCUUUGCGGAAGGGGUUUGGUCAUGUUUGUUAUGAAGUCUUUUUCUCGCGCGGUUGCCACAUACACACUAUUUGCAUUGUGGUUGGUCAUGAUGAUCAUGGGAUUCGGUUCUGCGUUUAGGGUGUUCACUGUAUCAUAAAGGGAUUAAGGGAGUCCACUACCAUGGAUUUGUCCAUCGAGGCAUAAUCAAUUGACGAACACAUAAGAACA